AUGACGACGACGACGUCCCUGACCCUCCGUGCGAUGGGCUUUUGCGGCGCAGACGACUCGGUGCACCCGAAGCUCCUCCAGACGCUCUCGGUACACUACCCAUGGAUCGAGUGGGGCGUGCUCUUCCGCCCAGACCUCGAAGGCAGCCCGCGGUACGCGACCAGCGGCUGGGUGCAGCAGCUCGCAGCGUGCGCCCGGGCGACGCCAAUGAAGCUAGCGGGCCAUCUCUGCGGGUCGCGCUGCCAAGACAUCUUGGCGGGCGACGCAUCCUUUGUGCAGGAGCUCUACGCCAUGGGCUUCCACCGCGUGCAAGUGAACGCCACCGCUGCCAACCACGUGCUUGUCGAGGCCGGUCGCAUUGACGAGUACGUCGCCAACAUCCGCCGCUGCAUGGCGCGCGUGCCGCAGGUCGAGUGGAUCAUCCAGUGCAACACCGAGACCAAGGCGAUCUGGGAACCGCUCGCCGCGGCGCCGCCCGCCAACAUGAGCCUCCUCUUUGAUGCGUCGUGCGGUCUUGGCGUGCCCAUGACGGAGUUUCCCAAGCCGCUCCCCAACAUUCCGUGCGGGUACGCUGGCGGCAUUGGCCCCAACAACAUCCGCAGCAUGCUCGAGCGCGUCCAGGCAGCGUCGGGCGGCGCGCCAGUCUGGGUUGACAUGGAGUCGAGUCUGCGGCUCAAGGUGCUCGAGUGCGUCACCGACGUCUUCUCGGUCGAAAAGUGCUUUGUCUGCGCCGACGUCGGUGUGACGGCGUUCGGCCUCGCCCUUGAGCACAUGUAAUGAAAGCUGCAUCUCUCGAUGUCCCGA